CCCCCCUCUCUCUCUCUCUCUCUCUCUCUCUCUCUCUCUCUCUAACCUGGAACAAACGAAAUGAGGGGGAAGGGAAUGGUAAAAAAAAGUAAGUAAAGAGACGAGUCACGAGCCCCGUCUCUAAACUGGAACAAACGAAAUGAGGGGGAAGGGAAUGGUAAAAAAAAGUAAAUAAAGAGACGAGUCACGAGCCCCGUUAUUACUGAUGUAACCAGAACAGCACACAACUCUCUCUCUCUUUCUCUCUGAGCUCUUCUACCUUCUCCUCUUCUACAUAGCUUCAGGGCACUUCAAUUCUACUCAGAAUAAGGCUAUACAUUAUAAAUAGAGCAUAAAGGAGGCGCUUUUAAGGGAGAAUAACACCCAUUACCCGCUGAGCUCAUUUGGGCUCUCUUAUUCUUCUCAGAAUAAGGCUAUACAUAACAAAUAGAGCAUAAAGGAGACAUCUUUAGGGGAGAAUAGCACCCAUUUGCUUCAAUGGGUCCAAAGAAUGGCUUCUUGGCUCUGCUUCCGCUGGUGCUUUGGCUUCUGAACACAGCUGCUGAUGCCUCCGUUUCCUACGACCGCAAAGCCAUUAUCAUCAAUGGGCAAAGGAGGAUACUGCUCUCUGGGUCUAUUCACUACCCCAGAAGCACUCCUGAGAUGUGGCCUGAUCUUAUUCAAAAGGCAAAAGAUGGGGGCUUGGAUGUUAUACAAACCUAUGUGUUCUGGAAUGGGCACGAACCUUCCCCUGGCCAGUAUUAUUUCGAGGAUAGAUACGACCUGGUUCGCUUCGUCAAGUUGGUGAAACAAGCUGGUCUCUAUGUUCAUCUCCGAAUUGGGCCCUAUGUUUGUGCUGAGUGGAACUUUGGGGGUUUUCCUGUUUGGCUCAAAUUUGUUUCUGGUAUCAGUUUUAGAACAGACAAUGGACCCUUCAAGGCGGCGAUGCAAAAAUUCACAGAGAAGAUUGUGUCGUUGAUGAAGUCCGAGGGGCUAUUCGAAGGGCAAGGUGGUCCCAUCAUCUUCUCUCAGGUUGAGAAUGAAUUCGGGCCGAUGGAGAGUGUUGGAGGGGCCGCUGCUAAGUCGUAUGCGAAUUGGGCUGCUAAAAUGGCGGUUGGUCUAAACACCGGUGUGCCGUGGGUCAUGUGUAAACAGGAUGAUGCCCCUGAUCCUGUGAUUAAUACAUGCAACGGCUUUUACUGCGAUUACUUCUCUCCGAACAAGCCGUACAAGCCCACCAUGUGGACUGAAGCUUGGACUGGCUGGUUCACAGCAUUUGGGGGUCCAGUUCCCCACAGGCCUGUCGAGGACUUGGCUUUCGCUGUCGCUCGGUUUAUACAGAAAGGAGGAUCUUUUGUUAACUACUACAUGUACCACGGAGGAACUAAUUUCGGCCGCACUGCCGGUGGUCCAUUCAUCACAACUAGUUAUGAUUAUGAUGCUCCAAUUGAUGAAUACGGUCUUUUAAGGAAACCGAAAUGGGGUCAUUUGAGAGACCUACAUAAAGCAAUCAAAUUAUGCGAACCUGCUUUGGUUUCAGCCGACCCCACCGAAGUGGCAAUUGGGAAUUAUGAGAAGGCUCAUGUUUUUAAGUCAGCAUCAUCUUGUGCCGCAUUCCUAGCCAACUACCAUCCGAGUUCUUCUGCUACGGUUACAUAUAAUGGACUCCGCUACGAUCUUCCUGCUUGGUCCAUUAGCAUCCUCCCUGAUUGCAAAACUGCGGUCUUCAACACUGCUACGGUAAAAUCCCCAACCGUGCCGGCAAAAAUGAACCCGGUGGGAGGGUUUUCAUGGGAAUCAUAUAAUGAGGAGACAAAUGCCCUAGAUGAUAGCUCAUUCACGAAAAAUGGACUGUAUGAACAGAUUAGCCUCACAUGGGAUAAAUCAGACUACCUUUGGUACACUACUAAUGUCGAUAUAGGCCAAAAUGAGCAAUUCUUAAAGACCGGAUACUGGCCGCUUCUUACAAUAUACUCAGCCGGGCAUGCGUUGCUUGUUUUCAUUAACGGCCAACAAGGAGGGACUGUUUAUGGUGGUCUAGACAAUCCAAAGUUAACAUAUUCUAAGAAUGUGAAGUUACGGGCAGGGAGCAACAAGAUUUCCAUAUUAAGUGUAGCCGUUGGGCUACCUAAUGUCGGGAACCAUUUCGAAACAUGGAAUGCCGGUGUUCUCGGUCCAGUGACUCUAAGCGGUCUGAAUGAGGGAAAGAGAGAUCUUACAUCGCAAAAAUGGACAUACCAAAUUGGUCUGAGAGGCGAAUCAUUAGGUCUGCAUUCACUCAGCGGAAGUUCUUCUGUUGAGUGGGGAGCAGCAGCUGCAAAGCAACCUUUAACAUGGUACAAGGCUUUCUUCAAUGCACCAGCGGGGAAUGAUCCGUUGGCUUUGGAUAUGGGUAGCAUGGGAAAAGGCCAAAUAUGGGUAAAUGGUCAAGGCAUCGGCCGGUAUUGGCCUGGUUAUAAAGCUUCUGGUUCUUGCGGCACUUGUUAUUACGGAGGAACGUACAAUGAAAAGAAAUGCCAAUCCAACUGCGGCGACUCAUCACAGAGAUGGUAUCACAUCCCUCGAUCAUGGCUAAAUCCAACAGGGAACCUGUUAGUUGUGUUCGAAGAGUGGGGCGGAGACCCAACCGGUAUUUCUUUGGCCACAAGAACAGCUUGAAGGACAUGAAGAAACUCUCGAACACGGCCACGUGUGAAUAAUCGCCGAAGAAUACCAAUUAAUUCAACCAAGAUGGUCACAAAUUAUCCUUCCUUUUCUAUUUGUUCACCUAUUUAUACAAUAAAGUUUGUAGCGGUUUGUGUAUACAUGGCAUUUAUCUGGGGGCUAUCACUUUUAGCCAUCAGUGUAGUUCGCAGGAACUGCGACACGCUGACCAGUAUAAAGUUGCUUAUGUGAGUUUGGUUGUAAGUAUGCAAUAUAGGUUACGCUUGCCAUUCGUUAUGACAGUGGCCUUAAUAAAAUCGAAAGAAUUGGAGGGGCUUCGGUACAAAUUUGAUUUGAAUUGCAUGAGAGUAUGCAAAAUAUUUGUAGCCAUAAGCAUACCUGCAAAGCCACCGCUAGCUUACGAGCAAAGCUCUUAGCUUGCAGUACUAUUUAAGAGAAUUUACUCGGAAAGUUUGAUAUAUGUAAAAGUUGCUUGCAGCUGUAAAACUAAGUGUUAAGUUUAUAAGAUUGUAAGCAAUUUUCAUCUUGUAAUGGCAUCAUUUUCUUCUGUUUAUUCAA